AGUGGUGGGAAAAGUGCAGAAAUUCUGCAUGAAAGGACAAUUAGGGCAAAUUAUCCCCUUUUCACAGCAUACAGAUUUCCGAGCUGCACGUCUGUACAAUAUAAACUGAGCCUCUGAGCACACAGUAAUAGUCUACAUAUAUCAUACACGUUUUACAGAAAAGGAAAUACAGGACAGAGGGGAUAGAUUAAAAAAAACCAUCAUUGUUCAUUUCCACAAUGGCCGCUUAUGCUGAUUCAUCUAAAGCUGCGCGUAGAUCUGAUGAGUGUGGGCCAUUUCUGGGUCAGUGAACAACCUGCCAUACUGCUGCCCUGAAUGGGGAACAGAGAGAAGAGGCCAUGGCUUUCAAACCCCCACAAACUAACACACACUCACAACAUUCAAAUGCUGACACAUUGUGCAUUUUCCUCACAGAAAACCAGCCGUUCGCACAGUGCACUUUGAAUAUCAUUCUCAGAAGAAUUGGAGAUACCUUGAACACACACCAGAGAGUAUGAGGUCGCCCUAUUUCCCAGCGAGGUCGGUGCUUUUUAAGAAGGAGCCCAACGGAGUGACGUACAGAGUGCCGGCGCUGCUCUUCCUGUCCCGCUCCAGGUCCUUCCUGGCCUUCUGUGAGGAGAGACUCAGCCCGUCCGACUCUCAGGCUCACCUGCUGGUCAUGAGGAGAGGCGCUUUCCACAGGAACUAUGUGGAGUGGGAGGACAUGCGUGUCCUGGGCACCGCCUUCCUGCCGGACCACCGCUCCAUGAACCCGUGCCCCGUGUACGACGAGUUCACAGACACUCUCUUCUUGUUCUUCAUCGCUGUCCUCGGCCACACCUCAGAGUCCUACCAGCUGGCGACGGGCAACAACCUGACCCGUCUCUGCUACGUCUGCAGCACCGAUGACGGAGUCACCUGGAGUCCUGUAACCGACCUCACCACCAAGGUCAUAGGAGAUACGAUCAAAGAAUGGGCCACCUUCGCCCUCGGCCCGGGUCACGGCAUCCAGCUGAAGUCCGGCCGCCUGUUGAUUCCCGCCUACGCGUACCACAUCGAGUGCAAAGAGUGCUUCGGACGCCUGUGCCGCACCACUCCCCACGCCUUCUGCUUUUACAGUGACACCCACGGGCGGACCUGGCGUUUCGGGGAGGCGGUGCCCGUGCCGGAGAGCGUGGAGUGUCAGAUGGUGUCCGUGGACGAGGAGGCCGGCACUAAUGUCCUGUACUGUAACGCACGCAGCCCUCUGGGUCACAGGGUGCAGGCCCUCAGCCUGGACGACGGAGCGGCGUUUCGGGAGGGGCAGCUGGUGCAGCGGCUGGUGGAGCCUGGAUACGGUUGCCACGGUAGCGUUGUGGGAUUUCCUGCCCCUUUGCAUUCAGGUCGUUCUCUUGAUGAUCACUUAGCCCUUAAACCUCUACAUCCCUCCAGACACUGGACAUCUGCCGUGAGUGGCUCAAGUCCCACCCCCUCUGUUGCCACCAGCUCCUCCGCACCCAAUGAUCCAUAUUUCCUCACCCCCACCUGGGUGGUGUACUCCCACCCAACGUGGACCACUGGGCGCAGGGAUCUGGGCGUGUUCCUCAGCCUGUUUCCCCGUGAUCCAGACAGUUGGCGGGGCCCCUGGGUGAUCUACGAGGGCCCCAGCGCCUACUCAGACCUCGCCUACCUGGAGCUAGCCCCCUCUGUAGGUGCACCGCCCGCCGUGGCCUUCGCCUGCCUGUUUGAGUGUGGCACCAAAACAGCCUACGAUGAAAUCUGCUUCAGCAUCUUCACCCUCUACGAGCUUAUUGACAAUCUGCCCCGGGACGUACAGCCGGGACAGAACAACGGUGGACGUGAUGGACAGCGGGAUGCCGCCUCGGGGACAGAUCGUACUGGUGGACAUGACGUCCGGAGGACGGCAGCUUCCCACGAGGCGCCGUGCGGGAAGAAGAGGAGGAGGAAGAAGAGCAAGUUGACUGAGAUGUGCUCUGUGUGUUAGUUUUUCCCCUUUUAAUGCAGUUUUAGUCCAGAAUCUGUUUACUAUUCACACUAAUGAAUAAAAACCUAGUUAUAUGCAUAUGUUACAAUCCAAUGGAACUGCCGUAAAGUGUGUGAUGUUUAAUUCAUGAUGGAGCCGUUUUAUUCAAACUUAGAUUGUUAAAGGUAUUAAGUAUUUUUAAGUCAGUUUGUCCAUCAUUCAUGAAAGAAUAUUGUCACACUAUAUUUAUAGUUACUAUUGUAGUUUUCUAGCGUUAUUCAGGUGAUGUGUUACAUUUACUGCAACAAUGAAAUUUGUUUUGAUGAUCAUUUGUCACUUUUUAGAACACAUUAAGCGUCAUUAAAAUAUUCCUACAUGA